AUGUGUGGAGGUGAUCCAUUGUCAACAUCUCCAUUUAUUGUUGGGACAGUUCUUGGACACCAUCCCAACAGAAAAUUAAGCAAAUAUGAGUCUUCCAAUUUGCAUGCAGAGUCUGUUGCUAAAUGUGUGAAGAUGAAAGCAACAGAAGCUCAGUCAACUGUCCUUCAACAACUGUUACGGAGCCCUGAGUGCAAGGAAAUGGACAGAGAAUACAUGUCUACUUUAAUUACAUCUGCCUUUUUUGUAAUCAGAAAGCAGUGGGCAAUAGAUAGCAUUGGAGAUAUUCUUCAAUUCCUACACAAUCAAAAAUGUCCAAGUGUUUUGAACUUUAUGGCAAAUCAACCAUCAGUGACCUACACAUCAUCAACUUCUGUGAGAGACAUUGUUCUUUCUAUCAACAGUUGCCUUGAGAAAUCACUCCUGGAAACAAUAAGGAAUUCACCAUAUAUAUAUUUACUAGCUGAUGAAUCGACAGAUGAAGCUAACAGAACUCAGUUUGCGGUGCUCAUCAGAUGUUUAGACACAGUGACAGAUAACACCAUCAAAGACCAUUUUUUAGGCAUGGUCAACGUUAAGAAAACAGACGCAGCAACUCUUAUGAGUGAAAUUGAAAGAUUUUUGAUUUCUAAAGAGAUAGACAUAUCAAAAAUUCUUUUUGUUGGAUUUGAUGGGUGUAAUACCAUGAGUGGUGAAAAUACAGGUCUCCAGCGCCGAUUUAGACAUGUGGUGCCUCACAGUUUGUACAUCAAUUGUAGAAGCCAUCGUCUAGCACUGUGCGUCAAACACUUGAUGAAAUAUUUUCCUGUACUAGAGGAUGUAGAUCUUGCUCUUCUGGCCAUCUAUAAGCUGUUUGACAAUUCACCUCAAAAGUUUGCUGUUUUUAAGGAUGUACAAGCUAGUUAUGCAGAAAAAGAGUUGGUCUUAAGACGAGCAGCUGCUACAAGAUGGUUAUCACAUGGAGAUGCAUGCAAGAGAGUCAUUCAAAGAUAUGUUCUGAUUGUUGACACUCUUGAUGAACUCUUAAGUAGAAAGAAGGAGCCAGAAAUAGUUGGUGUACGAGAUUCCAUUACAAACAAGAAUACUGUAGCAGCUAUUCUUGUAUUAUGUGACGUGCUUCAACCAGUUUCCAUCUUCUGCAAGGAUCUGUAG